AUCUUCACCGCGCGGGGGGGAGGUGAGAUGGGAGGGGGGGGAGCGUGCCCUCCCGCGUCCGUGGCCACCGGCCGGCUCCCAGGCUUCGGGGGUGGAGGCCACGUGACCGGCCUCCAGCUGUGCCGGGGCCGCGAGCCCUUGGGUCGUCGCCUCUAGUCUGUGCCUCUCGCUGGGUCCCUCUCCCGAGUGUCGUAGCCCUCCCCGGGAGCCCGCGAAGCGCAGGGGGCGGGGGAUGCAGCUCGGCAGCGGCUGGAGCAGGAGCAGGAGCGGCGGCGGCGGCCUCGGGGGGCGGAGGCGGGCGGGCGGCGGAGUGGAGAGGGGAUGUACAUAGGGAGCCGAGGCCAUGUCCAAGGUAACGGGGCCCGCGGCCCCCGGGCCGGCUGUGACCGCGGGGCCGGCGCCGGCCGGGAAGGAGAAGCGCUCCUUCAGCAAGAGGCUGUUCCGGAGCGGGCGGGCGGGAGGCGGCGGCAGCGGCGGCUCCCCGGCCUCGCCCUCCUCCGCCCGCUCGGUGGGCAGCUUCAUGAGCCGGGUCCUGAAGACGCUGUCCACUCUAUCGCACUAUAGCUCCGAGAGCCCCCCGCUGCCCGGCCGCGGACGACCUCCCAGCGGCGCGCUCGGCCCGGUGGGCUUUCGCAGCUGCUUCCCGCCGGGGCCCGGGUCGGGGCCAGCCGCCCCGCCCCAGCGCUGCCAGCAGCAGCAGCCGCCGCCGCCCCCCGCCGCGCCCACGCCGCCGCCCCCGGCCGAGCUGCUGUGCCUGACCGGAGGCGACCCAGUGCCCGGCGUGGCGGGGCUCAAGAACCACGGCAACACCUGCUUCAUGAACGCCACCCUGCAGUGCCUCAGCAACACGGAGCUCUUCGCCGAGUACCUGGCCCUAGAACAGUACCGGGGCGGCGGCGGCAGCGAGCAGGAGCCCCCUGCCCAGGACGCCCCAGAGGACGGCCACCAGGCCAACGGACUCCCCUUCUCCCGCAGCCCACAAGGCAAGGGCGAGGUCACGGAGCAGCUGGCACACCUGGUGCGAGCUUUGUGGACCUUGGAGUACACUCCGCAACACAGCCGGGACUUUAAGAGUAUUGUCUCAAAGAAUGCACUACAGUAUCGGGGGAAUUCCCAGCAUGAUGCCCAGGAGUUUCUGCUAUGGCUUUUGGACCGUGUGCAUGAAGAUCUCAACAAUUUUGUGAAACAGAGUGGUCGACCUCCCUUGAAGCCUCCAUUAGAAGAUGAUGUGGUUCCCGAAGGACCCUCCUUUCCAGUCAGUAGCACUUUUGUACAAGAACUUUUUCAAGCCCAGUACAGAUCCUCUUUGACUUGUCCUCAUUGCCAGAAGCAGAGUAAUACUUUUGACCCUUUCCUCUGCAUUUCUUUGCCAAUUCCUCUGCCCCAUACAAGGCCUCUCUAUGUCACAGUCGUGUAUCAAGGAAAAUGCUCUCAUUGCAUGAGAAUUGGAGUAGCUGUACCUUUGUCUGGAACUGUAGCUAGGCUUCGGGAAGCAGUGUCUAUGGAAACGAAGAUCCCGACUGAUCAGAUUGUUUUAACGGAAAUGUACUAUGAUGGGUUCCAUCGCUCCUUUUGUGACACUGAUGAUCUGGAAACAGUGCAUGAGAGUGACUGCAUUUUUGCCUUUGAGACUCCAGAGAUAUUUAGGCCUGAAGGAAUUCUUAGUCAAAGAGGAAUGCAUCUAAACAACAACCUGAACAACUUGAAGUUUGGCAGUGAUCAUCAUAGAAUAUCUUCCCAUGCACAGACAGCCACAAAACAAGCAAAGCCGGACCUUUCUUCCACAAGAACAGGAAAUGACAAGAUUGUUCUGCUGGUGUGUAAUAGAGCAUGCACUGGGCAGCAGGGGAAAAGAUUUGGACAACCCUUUGUGCUACACUUAGAAAAGACAAUAGCAUGGGAUCUCUUGCAGAAGGAGAUCUUGGAGAAGAUGCAGUAUUUUUUAAGGCCCACAGUUUGCAUCCAGGUGUGCCCAUUUAGCUUGCGUGUUGUCAGUGUUGUGGGAAUAACAUACUUACUACCACAAGAAGAGCAACCUUUGUGCCACCCGACUGUGGAAAGGGCAUUAAAGUCAUGUGGACAAGGUGGUACUGCUCAUGUGAAGUUAGUAGUGGAAUGGGACAAAGAGACAAAAGAUUACUUGUUUGUAAACACAGAAGAUGAAUAUGUCCCUGAUGCAGAAAGUGUCCGUCUGCAGAGGGAACAUCAUCACCAGCCUCAGACUUGCACUUUAUCACAGUGUUUUCAACUGUACACCAAAGAGGAACAGCUUGCUCCAGAUGAUGCUUGGCGUUGUCCACACUGUAAGCAGCUGCAGCAAGGGAGCAUAACAUUAAGCUUGUGGACCUUGCCUGAUGUGCUUAUUAUACAUCUGAAGAGAUUUCGACAGGAGGGUGACAGGCGAAUGAAGCUCCAGAACAUGGUAAAAUUCCCUCUGACAGGCCUGGAUAUGACACCUCAUGUUGUAAAACGGAGCCAGAGUAGCUGGAGCCUCCCAUCUCAUUGGUCCCCAUGGAGGCGUCCUUAUGGACUAGGGAGAGAUCCUGAGGACUACAUCUAUGAUCUUUAUGCUGUGUGUAAUCACCAUGGGACCAUGCAAGGGGGACAUUAUACAGCGUACUGUAAGAACUCUGUGGAUGGUCUCUGGUACUGCUUUGAUGACAGUGAUGUGCAGCAGUUGUCUGAGGAUGAAGUCUGUAAGCAGACAGCAUAUAUACUUUUUUACCAGAGGCGAACAGCUAUACCAUCAUGGUCAGCCAACAGCUCUGUGGCAGGUUCCACAAGUUCUUCACUGUGUGAACACUGGGUAAGCCGGCUUCCAGGGAGUAAGCAAGCCAGCGUCACUUCUGCAGCUUCUUCUAGGCGAACAUCUCUGGCUUCACUCUCUGAGUCAGUGGAGUUGACCGGAGAAAGAAGCGAAGAUGAUGGUGGGUUCUCAACUCGACCAUUUGUAAGGAGUGUCCAGCGCCAAAGCCUCUCGUCCAGGUCCUCUGUCACCAGCCCCCUGGCCGUCAAUGAAAACUGCAUCAGACCGUCUUGGUCCCUGUCUGCUAAGCUGCAGAUGCGUUCUAACUCCCCGUCCCGUUUUUGCGGUGACUCUCCUGUGCAUACCUCUGCCUCUACCUUGGAGAAGAUAGGGGAGGCAGCAGAUGAUAAAGUCUCUAUCUCUUGCUUUGGUAGCUUAAGGAACCUUUCUAGUAGCUACAUGGAACCAAGCGAGAGCCACAGCAGGCGCGAGCACAGGGCUGUGGGGAGAGCCCCUCUGGCUGUCAUGGAAAGUGUAUUCAGAGAUGAGUCAGUUCCCAGGAAAGUGGCUCCCAGUCUCUCGGAUGCCCAGAGCAAAGCCUCAGCACCAGGGGACCGAGUGCAUCCCGUCUCAGAUCCCUUCGAUAACAAUAAUCAGAUUGCCUACGUGGAUCAGAGUGAUUCUGUGGACAGCUCCCCCAUCAAAGAGGCAAAGCCCCCCAGUGGCUCCGGCUCACUUGCAGAAAAGCCAGACAGCACAACUAAGAAGUCCCCUAGCGCCAAAGGGGUUUCUGAGCCAGAUAAAAGCCUGAGGAAAGGGAGGACAGUCUUGGCUCGCCAAGAGUCAUCUCUUUCAAACACUUCACCCACUUCUCCCGUUCCCUUAAAAAGCUCUGUAAAGACUUCCCGCUCUAGAAGCAAAGCAGAAUCUUCCCAAGUCAGUAGGCGACAUGCGUCCCCUGUUCCUGGUCAGUCAAAAAAGGAGUCGUCUACCAAAUCCCAGGACACCGUGACUGUUCAGCAGAAACAAAAGUUAGCUUCCUCCUCUGCUUCUAUUUCUUCCUCUACCGCUGCCAAAAAAACCCCUUCGGGCUCUGCCCCCAGGGGUCCCUCCUCUGCUGGGAAGAGUAGGACUUCAGACCGAAGCCUGAGCCGGGAAGGCUCCAAAAUAAGCCUUGGUUCGGAGAGAGCCAGUGUCACUUCCACUUCCAAACCAAACUCCCCUCGAGUGGGCCAGUCUAAAGGAGGGGAGAGCAGGAUGGAUGGGAAGCAUGUUAGGAGUUCCUCCAUGGCGAGCCUGCGGUCUCCCAACCCAGGCAUGAAGUCAGGUUUGAAGAGAGACAGCAAGUCAGAAGACAAAGGGCUGUCCUUCUUCAAAUCAGCUCUGAGGCAGAAGGAGACCCGGAGAUCAACUGAUCUUGGGAAAACCACAUUGCUCACCAAGAAAUCAGGCGGAGGCUCCACCAAGGCGUCCGGCAAGAACACAGUGGACGAGAAGUCCGAGAAGGGCGGCCAGCCACUGCCCUCCCAGCAGCCAAAUGCAAAUACUGUUUCAAAAGAGCAGCCCGCUUCCAAGGAUUCCACUUCUGUAAAACAUUCCCUACUUUCUACCCGCAGAUCCAAGUCUUCCCAGCUAGAUUCUGGAAAUCCCUUGUCUCCUAGUAGCAAGCAGUCUGCUGAAAAAUCUUUAAAAAAGUUACCUUCUAGCAUGCACACCUCUGCACGGCCUUCUCAAAAACCUCAGUGAGAUUUCUGCAAACCAGGUGUUUUAUCUGUAAAGACACUUAUUUAUUCAGAACUGAGAACUCUAUUUUCGUUCCCUUUCCCCAACAUCCCCCCAUCCCCUGCCCCUGCUUUUGUUUUGUAAGUUUUGGUUCAUGUGCCUAAUGCGUGUGUGAGGAGAACUUAAACUGCAGUGUGUUGAAGUGUCUCCUUAUUCUGCCAUCAAACCAAAUAAUAGCCAUAGGCAAAGAAAGCAGUGAUACCAAGUUAACUGGAAUAAUUGUAAAACCGAAUCCUGGACUGCCUCUUAGCACUUGUGCAUAUUUCUUUCUAGUGAAAUGCCACAACUUUUUGUCAAACACUAGGGUUUGUAAACCUGUGAACCAGUUAUGCUGUAAGUAGUAUAUGCUCUGUAGAACUGUGAAAUAAUAUUAUUUGGGAUUUUUUUGCCUGAGCAGGAGUUCUCCUUAUUGAUUUCUGGAUUGUUGUCUGGUAUAGUAAGAAGUAGAAGCUGCGCUGAAACUGAGAACACUGUUGCUGCUUCUGCUCUUGCCCCAGGCUUCAAUCUUUUUUAAAGGGCAAUAUUUUCACACUAAUGUUGUUUCUCAGGUAUAUACUCAGCUAGUAUAAGAGGGAUGAGCAUUAGUGAAUGAACUGAAUAUAAAGGUAACCUUUCAUGUGUGAAUGUAUGUCAUUUUUCUCUUAGUAUCAUGGAUGUCAGCUUUUUGAGAUGUAAAGAAUCUUGUUACUCUCAUCUAGGUAAGAUGUGUGCAUACCUUAGCUGGCUAUCCCUUAACUCUUGGACGUUGCGCUAAGAGGUGGUGAAUCGGAUAGCAAGAUGCUAGUCACUGUCCAUUCUUUUCCCCGUCCUCCAUUGGAGUUCUGAAAUAUAACUCAUCAGCAUCUUCUAAGUUGUACCCUGGUAAUUUUUUUGAAAACUGGAAACAUGUACCUGGUGGUGUGAAUGGUGCCUGGGUGAUGCAUAGAUGUACCACUCUCCCUCUUGGCUUCCACUCCUUGUCUGUAAACAGAAGAAUCAAAUCUUGCCUUCUGGAAGUGUGCUUCUGUUUCUGUGUGUCUCAGCCCAAUGCCAAAAGUCAGCAAUGCAGUAUCAAGGCUCAGUGUAACAAAAUAUUAAAUGCUUGUUUUUAAUAUCUCUUUGUAAGGCUUGAAUGUAACCGUGUUCUCUAGCAAACAAUUCCUUUCCCUCCGAGUUACAGGUUUCAUCUCCCUUAAUCCCCUCCCCAAAUCCGAAGUCAAAGCUUAAAGCGCAUUCCACAAGGCAUCAAGUUACCUUUCUUAUUUCAAAAAUGAAAACAUCUCCCACCCUGCUCAAUUUACAAUGCACACAAAGACUGCUUUUAUUUUCUUAAAUUUUAAGACCUACUCUGGCUUUGUGCAUCUCUUUCCUUCUUGAUGAGAGCUGUGUAAUCUGGGUUCUCUGUGAAGCAGAUUGUGUCAUUUUGCCAUAAUACAGGGUGGGAUGUACUGUGAUCCAUGUUCAUACAGUCUCUGGUUUGCAUGUUUUCCAACAUUAAUGUUUUUCCAACACAUAAAUUCACCCAACUCUACACCAACUGUUAGUAUCCUGGUUAAUAACUACAACAAAUAGUUUAUCCAUCCUGUAAUAUUCAUUGCUUAACUUUUCUUUUGGGGGUUGGGGAUGGAUGAUGGGAAUUCUGGUAUCAGAUCACUUGUCUUACAUAAUUGCUCAUUUGAGCAUCAAGGUGACCAAUAGGCCUAGAACCCAUUCAUGUAAGGGUAGUCAAAAGAUCUAAACCCUUGCAAUAUUUAAGAUUAGGAUUCUUUUAUAUUCAGCCUUGUGAAUAUUUCUGUAAUGCUCACUGUAAUUUAUUUGCCAUGAUCUUCUUGGCCACAGCCCUCUGCCUGGUCAUCCCAGUUUUGUUUUGUUUUGUUUUUCUCUGUGUAAUAUAGGUAUUUAUCCCAUGCCAAAGCAGUAUUGCUCUCUGGUUUUCCUAUUAUUUGGCUUCUGUUCAAACUCCCUUUUGAUAUUGUUAUUACUUUGACUGGUAUGUUGAGUUUUGUGUAGUUACCUUUCCACAGAAUAAUAUUUUAAACCCAGUGUGACUCCUCUCUAGUCUAGAUUCUCUACAAUGAAAAAGGGCAUAAGAUGUGAACAGUAUCAAUCACAGUUGAAUGCUUUUUCAUGAAGCUCUUCUUUCCUUUGAAUAUAGGGCAGAGUUGAAUUGGAAGGGCCACUUCACCAAAAUUUAUAAAGCAGCUUUAGGAUAGUUACAAGAAUUUCUUUUGGAGAGGAUUUAUUUUGGCAAUUACCAAGGUAGUAGUUUAAACUCUAGAGAAAUUUGCUUCUUUUCCAGACAGACACUUAAAUUCUAAAAUUUAGGUUGGUUUUCUAUAGGAGUAAAAAAAGAAAACCCAUCCUUUAAAUCCCAAGAGAUAAUUGCUUUGAGCUCAAAUAUAAUUUUUCAUUAGGUUUUAACAUUACUUAGCUAGUAGAACAGAUUCUCCUUUCUGGUCAGAUAAGAAUGCAGACCCAUGCUUUUAGGAGAGACUGGCAUUUUCUUGAACUAUUGAUGCUAUUCUAUUUCCUUUAGUUUUCAUGUUUGAUAAAACAAGGAAAAUCUGAUAAAAUAGCAAUGAUUUCAUUAUCUUAGAUUACUAUAUUCUUUAAGGACACCAGACAGUGAACAUGGAAAAAGAACAAAGAAUCAUUGCACCCAAGGAGUUUUGCCAGAAUGGUUCAAGGAACAAUUUUAAUAAGUUGGUUUAAAAAAAAAAAGAAUUUAGGGUUUUUUUUUUUAACAUAGGCAGAUUUUUUUCCUUUGUGUUGCUAUUUGGAAUAAGGUAGUUGCUUGUUUAUUUAGGUGAACAAUUAUCUGUAGAUCAUCAUGGUCUUGUGUUUAUGAAAGCUCUUUAGAGAGGUAUGGUUAGAAGGAAUUAUUCCCUGGUGAGCACAAAAGAUCACUAACAAAUCCUGAAACUGGAGCAAAUCCAUAGUACUUUAUUAUUAAUGUCUUUGGCAUUGUUCACUUUGAGAUAGUAUUGGGAUUAUACAGGUUCUCCCACCCUCCCAACCUCCCUUUUGAUAAGGAGACAUGAUGGUAAAUAAACAUUUUCUUCUGUUGUCUUUAACUCCCAGGAGCCCUUACUGCAUACCCUUUUCCUAGUCCUUAAAGCAACCCUGUGCCAAGUUGAUAACAAUUUUUGCUGGAUACUUAAAAAUGAAUGUUAGAGUAUAUUUGUGGUUUGGUGAAUGUUUGUAAUCAUUUGAAAGGCUGCCUUGAAAUUUCUUAUUCAAUACAUAAAAUAAAUUGAAAAGGAUAUUUGUGUAAAAACUUUUGUAAGUUCACUUCUCAAGUUAGCUUUACUUUAAUUAGCUCAGGGGCACCUAGAGUGCAGCCCAUGGACCAAAAGAAGUCCAUGCAGCCCUAACUGGGGCCACCCUCCCUAACAUGGAAAUCUAUUUUACAGAUCUUGCUGAAUUAGCAUGUUCUAGGAAGGGUAGUCCUUGUGACCAAUUCUCUUUUAUAGAGAGUAGUUGUAACCAAUUUCAUUUUAUGGAAAGUAGAUGUAGUCCUCAUUUACCCAUCAAUCCACUAUAUGUCUUUCCAUUGGUUUAACUCUUCUGCAGCCCAGCAAUGAAGCUAUUUAACUAGGUUCCUAACACUAGAAUUUGGUCCUUCCAUGUUUGAGGUGAAUAUGUGACUUUUUUGAAAAGAGAAGAAAACAAAACCCCACUUUUCUUCAAAAUAGUUUCCAAGAAAAAAGAUGUAGUAAAAGAUUGCAAUGAAACAGCUGGCUGCAGCUUUUAAUGGAAAGUGGAGCCCAGGGGAAUGAGAUCUUUUUUAUUUUUUUUAAGUGGGGAAACCAUGGAUUUAAAUUGUGGGUUUUCAUUUGGUCUGUAUAUUUCAUUGUGAUGUAUUGCCUUUUUAGAUCAUUGAGCAAUUAAGUUCUUUUUUGGGGGGGUGGGUAGGGAAGGGGUCUAAUAUAAAAGUUAUUGUAGUUUUGUGAUAGAAGAGAAUCAAUAUUUCUGAGCUGGAUUUUAAGAUACUAUUUAGUAGGAUGCAAAUCAUAAGCACAUUUUCAAUGGGAAAUCCCCCCCCCCAACCCAACAACAACCCCUUCUAUAUUAUGUAAGGCACUUUGAACUUUGCCUUACUGAUGGAGUGGAGAAAUAUACAUUUUAAUGACAAACUGGUGCCUAUAUCUUUCUAAACAUGAUGUAUAUGUGUCACUCGGCAAGGUUUUUGUCCCUUUUUGUUCACAAAUGAUUUGUUAUAGCUAAAUCAGCCCAUAUGCUUUAGAUGGAAACCUGACACUUUGAUUACAAGACUACAUCUAAGCUGCCUCCCCCAUCCUCCUUCAUUCCCUCCUCACCCCUUCCAUUUCCUUUUGUUCAGCUCCCAAAAUGCAGAACUCUUGGCUCUCCACAGCUGUAAUUUGAGCAUGACCCGCCAUUUUCCCCUCUAAGUAACAAGAACAAUUCUGCAUGGCCUUUAUCUAGUGCUGCAUCCUGAAUGCAUGCUCUCAUUAACUAUGCAAGCAACUGAUACCGACCAUAGAUGGCACUAACUGCUUAAAAUGAAGCUAUUAGGUAAUGGAGCUCUAUUUUUGAAUUUGUUGUUUUGUUUCCUCUAUGAUCUGAGUAUCUAUACACUCAGGAGCACGUAUAUGAUUUCUUCUUGCUUUAUUUUGCACAUCCUUAACUCUUUUCUUUGCAGAACUUCUGGAUUAUUGACAAGAUUGAUGUAUAAAAUUCCUAAGUAUUUUUCAAAUAGGAAAGAUAUUGGAUAUAUUAAAAUGACAACAUGCUGGUUUAUGUAUUAUAUUGUGGUGUCUGGGUAAUCUACUAAUGUGUCAUCUUCUCUAAGUAACCUGCCAUUUUCUAUAGGAUUUUAAUGAUUUAUAUCUUCUAUAUGACAUCAUGGUCUCAAGAAGAGACAAAAGCUUCUAGCAGCAUUGACAAUUAAAAAAUUAAACCAUGCUUUUGUAGAACUUUAGUGCUAUUUGAAGUUGAUAUUUCCAGCCGGUAGACCCAAUAGGACUAGUACCAUGGUGUUUAUGGCAGUACUGUGCAGUUGAGUUAGGAUCUAGAGCUAUCUCCCAUUCAGUUCAUCCAUCUGGUAUAGAAGACUAAAGCUUCAAACCUCUCAAAUAAGAGACCUGAUAAGGAAGAACCUGAAGUCCUAAAGGGGACAGAGCAAUGGGAUGCAGAUUUAAGUCAUAAGGCACUUGUGCAAAUGGGGCCUUGGUUUGCUAGAGCAGCCAGCACACUGGAGGGCUUGGUGUUCUUAGUAACCCUCUGUCCUUGUCUGUAGAUAGCAAGUGGAGGAUUCUCUUGGUGAGGUUAUGGAUUUCUCAUGGAAUAAUAAAGUGAUAGAAAGUUAAGACAAAUGGUCUCUGAAAAGCUUAUCAAUAGAUAGAAGAGAGUGCCUCUUAACACCAAAGUCCUUUACAUAGUGAGCAAUUAAAAUAGCAAUUACCAGGCUGCCUGAAGGUUGCUCUUAAACCCUUUCUCUCUUGCGAUCCUUUGAAGGAUAACAGUUUCAGGAAUUCUUUAAAACAAUAUGAAGAGUUGUGUUCCAAAGUGACAUUUGAUAUCAUUUUCCCCUUGUAAUAUUUUUUAACACUUCUUGUGAAAUUUGCCAACUGACCCUAAAUAAUUUGGCUGUACAUGCAGAGGCAACUGAAAUUUAGUUUUAAUCUUUGGUGAGCCAAAAGUACUGUGGAUACCUCAUUAAAAAAAAAAAAGCCAACUGUUAAACUUAGCUGUUUAUCCUGUGGAACAUUAUUUUGCAAACAUUUGGAAGUCAGGAUAAUAUAAUCUUUGAGCUUGAUGUGGCAGAAGCCAGUAGCACCCAAAUACAUCAGUUUAAAAUACACCCAAAAUAAUAGUGGAAGUGGAUAAUUAAGCUGAACUCCACCCUUGAGAAGUUUGAGCAGUGAAUCCUCUAGGUCUGUGCUGGCGAACCUAUGGUACGUGUGCCAGAGGUGGCUGAUCCCCUCCCCCUAUCCACAUGCUCCGGAGGACAUUUCUCUCAUCACCUGACCCUCUGCCCAGCAGCCCAAUAGGAGAGCUUCCUCCCUCCCCUGUCUGGGGUAAGGGGGUGAUUCACAUGUGGCAUGAGGGACACCGUUUGGGCACACAGUCUCUAAAAGAUUCGCCAUCACUGCUCUAGGUGUUCAUGAAAAAGCAGCAUAAAAUUGUCCUAGGUGCUAUCUUGAAGGCUUUGGUGUCAUUACACCAAAGAGAAAAUGGUGGUAGUAUUUUUUGAAGAUAAAGUCCUCUUGUGGCCUUUCAAGUGCACCAUACAGGUUUGCUCACCAACUGUGCCUCACCAUUGGUUAAAAUUGAAUUCGGAUCUCAUUGCAAAUAUAGUUUCUUAACUGAAGUCAUGCUUCAGUUUUUACACUGGAAUUUCUACAGUUCUUCUCAAAGCCGCAUGCCAUUGUCACUGUACACAAAAACAUUUUGGUAUAGUUCACACCUUUGAUAUUGGCUUCUGUAUAAAUACUUUGGGGUUGUACAGUAAGUAAUCUGGAAAGCAGAACGUCUUUAUCUGAGACUGGAGGAAACAUAAUUGUGCCGUAAAUUUUAAAUUAUUUGAAGACAAGUGCAUGAGACUGUGUCAUUGCCUCCUGUUAUUUAUUUGUAUGUUUUAUUAUUCAAGGUGGAUGCACUUUUAAUAUGCAGAAUUUAUAUUUUUAUGUUAAAACAUUUCCUUUCUGAAAGAACAGUUUGAAUAUUACAGUAUGUAGUUGGAAUUAAGAGAAAAGUGGAAAAUGUAAUAAAAUACAUUAAAUUUA